AUGUCCCUGAGACACCAUGGUGAAAAUGAAGGCCAGAGUAAACGAGUUGGCUGUAUUGGGUUCCUGGUCACCAGGACUGCUUUUAACUCUGGCAAAGUGUAUAUUGUCACCACCAAUGACCCCAUCAUUGACCUCAACUACAUGGUCUACAUGUUCCCUUCUCAUUCCACCUAUGGCAAGUUCCAUGGCACCAUCAAGGCUGAGAAUGGGAAGUUUGUUAUCAACGGAAAUCCCAUUGCCAUCUCCCAGGAGCGAGAUCCUACCAAAAUCAAAUGGGGUGAUUCCGGCAUUGAUUAUGUUGUGGAGUCCACUGGUGUCUUCACUGCCAUGGGGAAGGCUAGGACUCAUUUUCAGGGGGUGGGGGGAGCCAAAAGGGUCAUCAUCUCUGCCCCCUCUGCUGAUGGCCCCAAGUUUGUGAUGGACAUAAACCAUGAGAAGUACCCAAACAGCCUCAAGAUCGUCAGCAAUGCCUCUUGCACCACAAGAUGCUUAGCCCCCCGGCCAAGAUCAUCACCUGACCUGCCUUCUGGAAAGACCUGCAACACUCAAUAUUCCAUUUUCGAUGCUGGGGUUGGCGUCACCUUGAACGACCACUUUGUCGAGCUAAUUUCCUGCUAUGACAAUGAAUUUGGCUGCAGCAACAGGGUGGUGGACCUCAUGGUCCACACAGCCUUCAAGGAGUAA